UACAAAAACAUCACGCAGGUUAAUACUUGCGCUUUUAUUUUGAAGGAAAACUCCGUCUUCGUUCUUUUCCGCCCGGUAAGUUGAAAACAGAAAGUCGCCAUGACGCCAUAACUUCGGACAAACUGUUGCUGUGAUGGGGGGGAACCACUGAGACUCGUUCAUGUUUCUCUGAGUCAGCCUCACAGGGGACACACAGUGUUGUAAACAUGCCUCGACCUUCUCGGAUCAAACUGUCUCCGUGGAUCGAGAGUCUGAUCCUGAGUUAUGGCAGUGACCCGCAGGUGGAGGAGGGUGGAGGCAGCAGCAGCGGGGGGCUGAAGGCUCAUGUCAUCGGGGUGGGUCCCAUGUCUCAGUCCCAGGCUCAGGGCUCUGAAGGCCCCACAGCUCUGCUCUUCCUAUCCGAUGAGGUGCUCCAGAUCCCGGCCAUGCUCACCGCGUCAGCCUGGGAGCACCUUCAGUACCACGAGGAACGCGAGUCCCUCUCCAGCCUGCUCAACACCACCGUGUACAUCCAGAACUACCGGCUGCAGUUUCACGCGGCCCCGGAGAAGACCAAAAGCAGGUUCUUCUUAUCGGUCGGAGAGCUGGCCACGACCGCGGCAGGUCCGGUUAAAGAGAGCACCCCUUGCUGCACCACGCUGCCCUCCGUCAGGCAGAAGAUCUGCAAGACGUGGAGGCUCCUGCUGGAUCAGGAGAUGCAGGAGUCACAGAGGAGUCAGUGUGGGUUCGAUCUGUCAGAGCUGCUGGGGGAGUGGCAGCAAGACUGCCUGCGGACGGUGCUGGAGGACGUCAGAGAGAGGCUGACGACGGCGAGCCGCCCGCAGCCCUCCACCUCCACUUCGUCGCUGACGCACCCAGGCGCACUCACCGCCACGGGCUGGGAUGUGGACAGGGUCAGAUAUAAGAGAGAGAAGUGUUUCAGCGUGCCCGUAAAGUGUCUUCUCGUCCCAGAGGAAGACGCUCUGCAGCCGCAAACGCCACCGCUCAGUGGAAGCGGGACACCGAGCAGGCUGACCGCCGCCUCUGAGGACAGUAUGGGAGAUUCUUCAGAGUCUGCACAGCCUUCUGUGGACGAUGCAGAGUGGCGAAUCGCUCAGCCAGCUGUCCUAGAGACGGUCUGUGACGCCAAAGACGACUCUCCUCCUCCUCCCGCGGAGCACAGCAAGGACAUGAUCGUCGGGAUGAUCCACAGCGAUAUCAGACCUUUAACCAAUCCUUGGGACAUUUUUCCUCCCCCAGGUGACACCUCCUCGUCCUCUUGUUCGUCCCCAGAAGACAGACCAACCCACUCACCUCACGAUCACGCUGUUGCCAAAUCCGAGCCCGAUCACGCCGCGGUCCUAACCAGCACGCAGUUUCCUGUCCAAAGCUCGAAGGAACCCCUUCAGACAUCAGAGCAGAGCAUCCUCCCGCCGUACCAGCUACAGAUACCGACAUCUAGCCACCACGCCUCUGCCGGCUCUGUGAAAACACCAGAACCUUUUACCAGACUGUCAAACCUGUCGCCUGCCGCAGACAAACACCACACCGACCCAGCUUCAAACGAGGAAAGCCAGGAGAAGAGAAAAUCUGGAAAGGCGAAGAGAAAGAGCAGCACACCGGAAGCAGGAGUGGACGGGAGAGAGGAGGAAGCUGAGAUCAGCAGGAGUCCUCCGUCCUGGUUGUUUGACAGCGAGGCAGACGGCGGGGCCGCACAGGACAGCAGUCAGCAUCAGCGUCAAACCAUGUUGAGAAAGACUCCCACUGUGCACAGUGAUGGCAAACGUUUCUCUUACUCCUACCAGGCGUCCGGACAGAAUCUGCAGGAUUUCAGUCGAUUCAAAGUUGCUGGAUUGUGGCUGCAGUGGGCGGUGAAGUAUCUUGUCGUGCCAAAGCAGACAGAUAAUCCACACGACACGUCAGCAACCUCCAAUCAGACGUCAUCGGACAGGACGGGGGUCAUUUCAAAUUAGGUUCAAAACAGACAGUUAAGCCGGUCUGCUGUUGUUUCAGUUGUUGGAUCAUGUUGAAGUUCCAGAGCAGCUCUGUAUAGUUGAGUUUAUUUUGUACGAGUAAAAAAAUGUGAAAUCUUUUUAAAUCUGUCUAGCAGAAAUAAACAGAAAAAAA